UAAUCCCACAUCCCAACUUCCUCUCUCUCACUCACACCAAACUCACCUCUCUCUUCCCCGUCUCUCUCUCCCUCUCCCUCUUCCCGCCUGAGAAGAAGAAGCUCUCUCUCUGAAGCAAACUCGAUCGGAGAUGGUGAGCGCCGAAGCAGCGAGGAACGUCGUUGGCAUCAUCGGUAAUUUUGUUUCCCUGUUCCUCUUCCUCUCACCAUGCCCAACCUUUUAUAGGAUUUGGAAGAAAAAGUCGGUGGAGGAGUUCCAGGCGUACCCAUACCUGGCAACGGUGUUGAACUGCCUCAUGUGGAUAAUGUACGGGUUGCCGGUGGUUCACCCGGACAGCACCCUCGUCGUCUCCAUCAAUGGCUUUGGGCUUGUGGUGGAGCUCAUCUACCUCUCACUCUACUUCACGUAUGCUCCCAAGAACGGAAGGAUGAAGGUGGUGCUGACUCUCCUGAUCGAGGUUAUUUUCGCCGCUGCAGUCAUGACGGGGGUCAUUUUGGGCCUGCACACCCAUAAGAAGAGGUCUCUUGUUUUAGGUGUCAUCUGUGACGUCUUCAACAUCAUCAUGUACGGCAUGCCUCUCUCUAUCAUGAAAAAGGUAGUCACAACGAAAAGCGUGGAGUAUAUGCCGUUCUUCCUCUCCUUGACCGGCUUCCUCAACGGCUGCAUUUGGACGUCCUAUGCCCUUAUCAAGUUCGACAUCUACCUCCUGAUAAGCAAUGGACUCGGGGCAAUACUAGGGGCAGUGCAGCUCGUCCUGUACGCCUGCUACUACAAAUCUACUCCGACCAACGUAGUUGCUGCUGCGGAUGCAAAGAAGCCAAACCGGCCCAAGAUCCAGCUCUCGGGCUCCGACAACGUUUGAUCCCCAAUUCCAGGACACCGCUCUUCUUAGGAGGGCCUUUCGAAGUUUCACAACUCUUGCCGUAGUCUUCUUGUUCUCUCUUUAAUUUCCGGUUGAUUUCUUGCUGAGCAAGCGAAGCUCAGAAAGAUGUCAAUUUUUCGGAGAUUCAUGUUAUUCGUAAGAUUAGGUCGGGAUACGAAUGCUAGGAAGUUUUAACUAGGUUUUUGCAUAUAAGAGAACGACGAUGUUUCUUUCGUGCCCUGCUCAAUCCUGUAAGUUUCCAUUAAUCCUCAAAAUAAUUUUUAUCAGUGAUUCCAUUGGAUA